AUGAAAAAGAUUAUUUCUGACACCCACCUAAAUUUUACAACGUCCAACAAAGGGGAGUGGCUUCCGCGUAAAAGCACUCAGCCGCUCCGCAAGCAGACCAUUCCUCUUCCUCCAUUCCAUUCUUUCCUAACCCAUCAAACGCAGCUUCUGAUCAUGGCUUCUUCCCCCGCCGCCCCAAUGUUUCUCCGGCGGCGGACGCAAGCUCCGCGCCCCGCUGCUCCGGCCCCAUUACCCGGAGAUUCAUCCGAUGAUGACGGCGAAUACGACGACCUGUGCUGCGAGGAAUGCGGAUCCGGUGACGCUCCGGCCGAGCUGCUUCUCUGCGACAAAUGUGACAGAGGGUACCACCUCUUUUGCUUGAGACCUAUUCUCGUUUCCGUCCCAAAAGGCUCCUGGUUCUGCCGUUCUUGCUCUAACCAGAAGGAGGUCAAAUUUUGCCUGCCAUUGACUAGGCUGCACAGCUAGACCCAAAAGAAAGAUGGGGGCUUUAUGUUAAUAUAAUCAUCGGGCUACGAGAUUGCUGUCCAUUUUGGCUUGCUCGAUAGGCGGACUUCAAGUAAUUUUUUUGAUGCGAAGAAUUGAAGAAAGUGCUAAACAUGUUGUUAUGGGUCUGAUGCGACUUGUGCAUGUCUCGUUGAUUGUUUUGGAACAGCAUUUCCUCUGGUCCAGACCAAAAUUGUCGACUUCUUUCGCAUCCAGAAGCCUUCAAAACCAAGAAAGAAACCGGUUGAGGACAGCACAAAGAAGCGUAAAAGAGCUGGAAGUUUAGUCAUGUCCAAAAAGAGAAGGAAGCUAUUGCCUUUUAACCCAAGUGAGGACCCUGACAGAAGGUUGGAACAGAUGAGAUCACUUGCCACGGCAUUGCUAGCCUCUGGAACAAGGUUUUCUGAUGAUCUUACUUACCGAAGAGGAAUGGCACCUCGGUCUGCAAACCGAGCAUCUCUUGAGAAGACAGGAAUGCAGGUCUUGUCAAAGGAAGACACCCAAACCUUAAAUCUGUGCAAGAGAAUGAUGGAUAGAGGAGAAUGCCCACCACUUAUGGUCGUUUUAGAUCCUCUGGAAGGGUUCACAGUGGAGGCAGAUAGAUUCAUCAAAGACUUGACCAUUGUCACGGAGUACGUUGGUGAUGUUGACUACUUGGAGAAACGUGAAGACGAUGACGGGGACAGCAUGAUGACGCUGCUCUCGGCUGAUGACCCUGCCAAAAGCCUCGUCGUUUGCCCUUAUAAGCACGGAAAUGUAGCUCGAUUCAUCAAUGGAAUCAACAAUCAUACCCCCGAGGGGAAAAGGAAGCAGAACUUGAAAUGUGUGAGGUACGAUGUCGAUGGCGAGUGUCGAGUUUUGCUGAUUGCGAACAGAGAUAUACCAAAGGGAGAAAGGCUAUACUAUGAUUAUAACGGGUAUGAGCAUGAGUAUCCAACCGAGCACUUUGUUUAGCGUCUGCUGGCAGUCUAACAAGCUAACUAUAUAGAGCAUCUGUCGUCCUUCGCUGCACCUUGCAUUCUUGGUUUACAGGAGUUUGAAAGAGAUGAAUAUUCAUCCUCCUGUUCUAGUGUAGUCACCAAAUUUUUGCAGCUUCAUUGCUCAUUUGUUCUUCACUACAGUUGAUCACAGGAUCUCACAAAGUUGUGAUGUAGACUUUUUGAACUAUCAUUCUUGAGAAGCCUCUAUAUUGGAAUCAUUAAGCUACAGCUGUCAUUUUUGUGAUUCUCGUCAAGUAAAGAAUACAAAAGCAAGAGCACAAAGCUCUCCAUAGGAAAGCUUGCUGGGUGUUCUUAGUUUGAAGCCAGGAG